CGCAGUCUGGAUUAUGGUUUCGCUUGUGUGGCUUGCUGUCUGCGAUCUGGCAACCGUUUUGGUGUUUCGAACCUUGAGCAAGCUGCACUGCUAUGCUUUUGUUGUCUCACACUGUCUCCCUUGUACAUGUGUGUAACGGCAGCAGAGAGCUCUGUCUGUCAAUCCAGGUCUGCGAGCUAGGAGGAGUGAGCGCGAAUAUACCGAAUUGCUAGGCCGAGGAGAGUGAGCUAUCCUCAGUAACCACAUCGACGAUACCGAGGGCCUGCGAUGGUGCACCGCGUUUCUAGGACACCGACGAGUCAGCAACACCACUUCAACACCACGAACGACACCCACCGAGAACCGAUCCAGUUGUAAUGUCACUGGCUGCCACUCUUGCGCGAGAUGGCGUGCGGCCAGUUUCUUUCCUGCCCGCGAUCAAGUGCUCAACAUGUGGCAUCGACAUUGAGAUAUCAGAAUUGGCGGACCAUGUGUGUUCUGGACAAAGUGCCCCAGUCACAGCUCCGGCUCCGACUCCAGCUCCCCCUCCAAGCCCGCCAAAGAGUCGCAUACCAGGUUUGAGCAACCCUUUCAAGCUGCGCCAACAUGAUGCGAGCAGCACACCGCCUGCGACGGGAGCGCACACCAGGGAAGAGCAGGAACAGACACCCAGUAGAGGCCCGACGCUCAGCAAAAAGCCUUCGCGGAUCGCAUUGCCCAAGAUCAAUGCUACGGCAGCGAAUCAGUCCUUUCUGAGCCCCCAUCCAAAGUUUGAGGCACCGAUUACUCCAGCGUCGAGUGGUGGCAAGUUCUCAAGCCUCCGCAAUAUUAUCAGUCCUAUGCCCCGGCAUCUUGAUCAGCGACCACCAAGCCCGGAACUGAGUGCGAAUUUGGAUUGUGCUUUUCCUCCAUGGCCAACAUCAGGCAGCAGUACGCCCGGCAGGCCAUCGACCAGCAAUGGAAGAAGAACACCAGCAACUGAUCGAGCGCCCUCACGCGCUGAGUCAAGGGCCGCGUCGCGCAACGAACAACAUAAUCUCACAGUCGAGGAUCCUUACAGCUAUGAACCGAAGAGUCCACGGUUGAACGGAGGCGAGAAUGUGCUGCAACGGCUGAACAUGCUGAAGAGUGGUCCUUUUGCAGCAAAGCGGCAGGGCAGCGCUGAAUCGAAAGAUGGAGGCGCAUCGUCUAAUUUGAGGAGGCCAAGCGCGGUAGAGGCAAAUCGCCCUGCGACUGCCUCAUCAACUCAUUCGAGGCCGACGACACCUGCCACGAGUCACAGCCAGUCGGAAAUCAGUCGCAUACCGAAGAAGGCGACACCGCCACCGCGGCCAUCACGACCCAGCGAAGAAAUCUUUUCACCAACUUUCCUUGAGCAGUUCAGCGCGGAACCAGAAGACGCGUCAGUACCCAAAACCGCCGGGCUCGUUUCAAACAACUCGUAUCCAGCUUCUCCUGCUCCCGAAACGUCAAGGUCAGGAUUACAAACAUUAGCGAAGCAGCGAAGUGAACCAGCCCUACGCAGCUCGCAGCGCAGGCCAUCCUUGGCUAACCCGCCGCCCUCUGCACUUCCAUUACCCUUACGAAGUCAGAGCAGGAAUGCUUUGCGCACAGAUCAUCGCAUUCAGGAUGCGCCUCCGGUGCCCAAGCCGGUGUCGCAAUAUAUGCAGCUUGAGAGCAGUCACGCGCCUUCGGAGUCAGACGCGUCGACGAUCUCAACGACGCACUCAUCGAACUACACUGAUCACACAUACAGCACACGUCCAAGCCCAGCGGGAAGUGUGGAGGCAUUGUCUCCACUUGCAAAUGCCCUCAGCAAGCCGGAAGACGACGAACAGUUGCGCCCAGCAGGGUUGAACAUUCGAGCUCAGCAGAAGCCUGGUGAACGUGCAGAGCUUCCAAGACAAGCGUCACCACCACGAGCUUUUACUCGCCAUGCGCCCAUUCCUCCGACGCCAGCGAAGAGAGAGGACUUUUAUGCUCUGGAAUCGCCCAUGGAUCCAAAUAUGCUUCCACAUCGUGCUGCUGCAGGCCAGGAGCCAAGAGAAGCUUCUUUCAAGGUCCCAUCAGCGCAGGCGAGUCCCUUGAGAACACGAACUCCUGUCGAGGUACCUCGUGUAGAUCCAGUCAAUAGGCAACUAUCCCCAAUGGUUCCACAAGAGCCAUCGUUAGACGGCCACGAGACGGGAAGCCAUUCGAGCUCGCACUACGGGUCCAGAGCCCCAUCAGAAGCAGGUGAUAUGAAAGCUGCACCGCAGGGCACUUCCCAACCUCCGCCUACUCCAGAACAGCCACAGCAACGACGACAUGCUCGUCGUCCAACAAUGUCGCACAAGGCUAUGUGCCGUGGCUGCGGGCACAUGAUUGAAGGAAAAUCUGUCAAGGCUGCAGACGGACGUCUCACAGGAAGAUGGCACAAGGCAUGUUUCGUUUGCCGGACCUGCGACGCGCCUUUCCUCACGGCCGACUUUUACGUCAUCAACAACCACCCAUACUGCGAGCAUCACUACCACGAGCAGAACGACUCAUUAUGCCAUGGCUGCAAUCGCGGCAUCGAAGGCCAAUACCUCGAAACCACGACCUCAACCAGGCAAGGUGUUGUCGACAAGAAAUACCACCCGCGAUGCUUCACUUGCUCGCAAUGCCGCGUGAUCUUGACAGACGACUACUUUGAGAUCAACAGCCGGGUAUACUGCGAACGUCAUGCGCUGGCUGCAAUGCGGGUGCAAGCGCACGCUGCGGGCGUCCAAGGCCUGUAUCCGACCGAUCACCGCGCCAUGAUGGCAGGACGCCGGACCACGAGGCUCAUCAACCCAAUGAUGGCAUAAACUCCCAGCAACCAUCACGAGACUUCUUUCUGCUCGACGAUUACAUCUGCAUACAACGGCAGUCACGUUCUGACGCCCCUUCCUCACACACUCACGACCUGAAUGACAUUAUUGACUCGAUCAUAAUCGACACCGACAUCACCAUCACGACAGCAUUGGCGCAGCUGCCUGAACGGCAGCGUGCUAUCUAAUACAGAGAAAGAGUCGUCUCUUCACGACAACAUUCGCUCUCACUGGCUACCGCGUUCGGACCAGGAGACCACAAAGCCCAACGCAGCGCGAACUGGUUGGCAAAGCAACAAGAGAGUCCAAACAUUCUGGACUUCUGUUGUGGAUUCUUUCGUUUUUGGGAGGACGUACAUGGCCUCCCCCAUCUCCAUCAAUUUGGAUUAUUGUGCUUUUUCAAGAGAUACCCAAUAUCAAGCAGCAAAUCUGGCGCUUGGUUUGCCCUACCUGAUUGAACUAAGAUUAUUUAACCAUCAUCGGCGCGCUCCGGACACGCUUCUAUUCUUCUGUUGAAGCUGAAGCUGGAGCGGGGAGCUGAUGAUGACGAAGAAGAGUAAUCAGUAGUGCUUCUUACGAC